AUGGACUGUGAGCUCACCGCCAGCGUUGAGCUGGAGGGCGACUCCACCGACUGGGAGUUUGUUGAACAACUAAUCAAAGCUCUUGAGAUUCUCGAGCUCAUCACCAAAGAGUUCUCUCUCAAAACGGUCCCAACCCUCCCGAAAGUUCUUCCGUUUUAUAAGCUGAUGGAGACCGAUCUUGAGGCAAAGUCGAAGGAACUUUGUUCUAUUCCCAACCUCUCCGCUGCUCUCCUCGCUGGCUCAAAAAUGGCGACAAAAUACAUCAACAAAGCUCUCGAAGGUGAUUACCCAAUGUUGGCAACCCUUUUGCACCCUGCGUUACGUCUCCGCUUCUUCCAAAACAGCAAUUGGGACCCCAGUGUUGCCAACAGAGCGAAAAAGAUCCUCGUCGAAAUUGUACAGAGGUAUCUGGCAGAGAUUCCAACCUCUGAUACGGCUUUGGUUGCAGAGGCUGCUCCUACCCGCAGUGUCUUCGGUCUGGCAGCAACCAUGGGCUCCAGGACUGGAGGUGUCGCUUCACUUGAUGCCAGUGCAGAGAUAGAGCUUUAUUUCGGAGGCAUCUCACCUGUCGCGGACAUGUUUGAUGAUCCACUCGGAUGGUGGAAGGACCAGGCCGUUACACUCAAAGGUCUUGCGCGUGCUGCGCGUGAUAUCCUCGGCAUUCCCGGAGUCAGUAUCUCUGUUGAACGCCUCUUUUUGAGCCUCCGUCACACUCUGAAGGAGUCUCGGAUGUCUAUGACUCCCGAGAAGAUUGCCAUGAGUGUCAGUACAAAGGAAUGGAUCAAGUCUGGGCUGAAUGAGGGUCUCCAUUACACUGAUUUUAUUCGUAUGCACAGUAAAUAA